ACUAACGUUGUUUGGUGUGAAGCCGUACCGGUUGAGUUGCAAUAAUUACUGUUAGAAUACUAAUCACAACAAAGGAUUGACCAUGCCUGAGAUGAAAAAGACACGUGAUGUUUUUCUGUGGUGCAUGUCUGUAGUUUACUUAUUUGCAUUUGCGUCUUUGUAUGUGCAAAUACCAGGUUUAUAUGGAGAUAAUGGUGUAUUACCUGCCAAACUGGCUCUCAAUACAGAGGCCAAUUCUUGGCAAGAACUCUUAGAUGGACAACCAACAUUAUUGAAAUUGACACCUAAACUUGGUUUAGAUGUACAAACGGGCAUGGAUCUCUUGUGUCUUGGAGGAAUUCUCAUAUCAUUCUUCUGUAUGGUAUGCCGAGGCGGACGAGAUGUUGUAUCAUUUACUUUAUUAUGGAUGCUGUAUCUUUCCAUGUACCAGGUUGGACAGACUUUCAUGUGGUUUCAAUGGGAUAUUCUUUUGCUGGAGGCUGGUUUCCUCACUAUUCUUAUCGCACCAUUUAAGAUACAGAUCCCCAAGUUGAAAUUUGCUCCAUCUCAUCGUCAUGAUAAGAUAACCAUGUGGUUAGUCAAGUGGUUGUUGUUUCGGCUGAUGUUUGCAUCUGGUGUUGUCAAGUUGAAUAGUAAAUGUCCAACAUGGUGGGGUCUAACAGCUCUAACCCAUCACUUUGAAACACAGUGUAUUCCUACAACAUUCGCAUGGUUUUGGCAUCAAUUCCCAACAUGGUUUCUGAAACUAAGCUGUGCCCUCACCUAUGUUAUUGAGAUACCAAUCCCAUUUCUAUUUUUUGCACCUGUCAGAUCUUUGAGAAUAUUUGCAUUUUUCGCACAGUUAUUGUUACAAGUGUGCAUCAUUAUAACUGGAAACUAUAAUUUCUUCAAUUUAUUGACAAUAACAUUAUGUAUACCACUUCUUGAUGAUAAAUUCUUUGGUGAACGAGAGAGCAGAAAAAAGAAGGGAUCAUGGUCUGUCCUACGGUUGAUUUCAAAUAUUGUAGCACCCCUGGCAGUUCUUGGUUACCUUGGAUACCAGACUAUUCGCUUGUUUAGUAUUAAAUUGAAUAAUGAUAAUACAAUUGAUUCUAAGAUAGCUUUUACUGAGAGAGAUUUCAGUAAGUGGUUAGAGUUUAUUAUGCCAUAUACUAUAGGUCUGGGUAUAAUAUCGUUGGGUUAUGAGGUAUUAAUGGUUCUUAUCAGUUGUUUAGUAUAUGAGAAGAAGAUGUUAAUGAAAUUUUGGUCAGUUUUACAAGCAGUUAUAUUUGCUAGUUUAGCAGUGGGCAUGUUUACACUGAGUUUAGUUCCCCAUAGCCGAUUAGAUGGUAAAACACACAGUUUAUUAUGGCCAUCAGUCCAUACAUGGCAUAAAAAACUUGAUACUUUUAGAAUUACUGAUUCCUAUGGUCUCUUCAGAGUAAUGACAGGGGUCAAAGGUCGACCAGAAGUUAUUAUAGAGGGUAGUAAUGAUUUAGAUAAAGAUUGGAAAGAAUACCACUUUCUUUAUAAACCAGGAAAUGUGUCAGCACCUCUUCCUUUUGUAGCUCCUCAUCAACCACGUUUAGACUGGCAGAUGUGGUUCGCAGCUUUAGGUAGUUACCAGAAUAAUCCUUGGUUUGUUAAUCUCAUAUAUCGUCUUUUAACCAAUCAGAAAGAAGUACUUGAACUGAUGCACAAAAAUCCCUUUCCCGUUAACCCUCCAAAAUAUAUCCGGGCCACCAUGUAUCAUUAUUAUUUUACCAGCAGUGAUACCAAAAAUAAGUUAUUUUCUAAAAGAAAUUGGUGGAGUAGGAAAAAGAUGACUGAAUAUAUAUCUGUUCUAUCUAAAGAUGAACCAACCAUGUUAAAAUAUUUACAACAUGAAAGAAUAAUUGGAGACAAAUCAUCUAAAGAAUUGAAAAUUAAAUCAACACUAGGAAAUGGACUUCUGUAUAUUCGAGGUCUAGUUGGUCAGCCAGAAGGAUUUAAAUUUGUUAUGUCAAUAUUCGGAUCAGGAUUACUUGUUAAUCUUCUCAAUGUUUUGAUUUUUUAAAUUUUUUCAGCCAUAAUUUCUUUCUUUAAAUACUCAUGUUUAUAUAAUUGUUAGUUGUUUUAGAAAUCAGGUGUGAUAGUAUAAUACAGGGUUCUCAAAAUAUGUAGUCCUAACUGAAGAAAUAUAACAUUAAUAAAAAAGACUUGCAUAAUUAAUUUAAAUUCUGACUGAAAAAUUAAUGAAGUAAGAACCCUGUAAAUUUAACAACACCUAUAAUAAUGUUUGAAGAAUAAUAACAAUGUAAGUAUUGAGGCAAAUACCCAAGUUGUAUUUAUCAUCUCACAUUUGUCUUCACUCGAAUUCCAACAACUUCCACAAUAUUUAGUUGCUUUGCUAUGCCACCACUUCACAUGUUCAUUAAUGAUCUCUCUUUCAAAUGCAUCUUUCUGUGUCUGGCAAAUGUGGGGGUUGUAACCAAAGCAUUUAAGAUUAUAAACCUUGUCGUGCCUGUGGCCGUUAGUUAAAUCCUUCAGCUGUACAUUACAAAAGUAGAAUUCUGAGCCAAAUUUGUCUGACUGUAGAGUCCUGCACAUCAACAUUGAUAUUUACUUCUUUUGGGAAUAUUUAAGGAGAUCCCUGGCUGUUACCAUUUGUUUGUAUUUUAAUAUCUACUGAAGGGAAAUGUCGGUCAAUGUAAAUAAACAAACAAGCUGCCCUUGCUGUAAUGUUCUUUGAUCCAAUGCAUUUCUCAUUGUGUUUUCACACAGAUUAUGGAGAAUAGCUAUUAUGGCACUUGGUGAGGAUUUGUUUAUUACGGUGACGAGCAGUUCCUUUUGUAAAAGCACUGCCAGCGUAUUAAGUAAAGGUGAAGUGAUCUGUUCUUCAGGUUGUUCAUUCUUGAAACUGUUUUAAUACUAGAUAAUAAGAUAUAAAUAUCUGUGGGAUUUCUUCUGAGUGUUGAGCAAAAUUGAUCAGCCAACUUACGAGAAACUUUGUCCAUACUUUGUAGAUUUCUCUGUCUUAAUAUUGUUUUUAAAUGUUGUUGUGUAGUUGGUUGUAAUGGUUUUUCGAUAUAAAGUAAACAAUCCAUAUAUUUUUCAAUAUAACUUAAUCCACAAUUGUAAAUUAAUAAAUUGAUGUAAAAAUGAGGACCAAAUCAAAGUAACAAAAAUUUAUUAGUCAGAUGAAUUCCUCAAUUGAAAAAUGGUAUCAAGUGUUCUAAAAAGAGUAAGCCUACCCUGAAUGUGUACGACACCCAUCAAUACUUACUUAUACUGCUAACUGCAGAAAUUACGUGAUUGGAGCUUAAGAUGGUAAAUUUCUAAUGAAGCAUUGUGAAUGAUAUAGGGUAAACUGACCUGAGAAAAAUUGAUCUUUUUAUUUGACAAGUUUCAAAUUUAAUUUUAUAUUAAGAUUUUAUAUUAGAAAUAGAUCUUUGUUAAUGUUUCUGGAAAUAGUUUUCGUGCUGUGUUUUAUUAGAAGAUUAACUAUAUGGAUUUUUGCCACAAGCAGCAUUUCUCUUUUCCAUGAAUUGUACACUAGUCUUCCAGUGGUGGAAAUAUAAUUUUCAGAAAGUUAGAAGAAAUAUUAUAGUAUGCUUUGUGCUUCAAAUUGAAGAUAAAUCUUUUUCAUGAGUUUGUAAAGUGUCUUAUUUCUUUCUUUCGACUGUAUCUAGCUCUGGCAGCUGACUACAGGUAAUUUAAAAGCACCUUUUUUUUUUGUCAUUUAUUUUAUAAAUCUCUACAGUGAAGAAUGAUCUGGUAUCAUCCAUGUACUACAUUUUUGUUAAUUGAUUUUAUAAACUAUUUGUUUAUACUUAGAGCUUUAAAAUAUUUUUUGCUUUUGCAUAUCUGAUUUAUUUGAUGCAUGUAACAAUAUUUAGUUGUUAGUUAACAUUUGGCAUGAAGAAAACUAUUUCUAAUUAGGCCACAUAUCUUGCUAACUAAGUCCAUAUCAGAGAUCAAGUGUUUUGGAAAUAUUUGCUAGUCUGAACUACAGUGCAUUUCAGUUGAAUGGCUUAACAAAAUUUCCAAACCCAUCAACAAAGUGAUUUUGAGAAAAAAAGGUUGAAAUGUGGCUGAAUUGGUAAACACUUGAAUAUUAUAGUAGAGUCAUUUAUUACAAAGGAUAGGACAAAAUUAGAAAUAAUUUUCACCAUAUUGAUAAUUAUCAUAUUAUGUCUCAAUUCUCAAGCUUAAUAAAGUGAAAGUAUCCCUGAGAACAUUUAAUUUCAGAGUAGAUAUAUCAAGGAAUGUUUUUUUUAAAGGGACAUUCCAUUAGUUUAAAUGUAGCAUGCUUUAAAUCCAUUAUUAUAUUGUACAGUGUAUGUUUUAAAAGAAUUACUGACUUAUUACCAUACUUGUAGAUAAAAUUAAAUAAUAAAGUGAGUUUGAUAAAAUAUAAA